AUGAGUUCAACAAUAUUCUGUUAUUUUAAAUUAAUGAUCUGUUUUGGGCUUAUUUGCACAUUUAUUCAGAUUGGAAAUGCUCAACCAAUAAUUAUUGAUGAUGAUGAUUAUCAAAAUCAAAUUGAAAAUUCAUUCAUUAAUAAUUAUGCUGCUACGGUUAAUGAUCGAUUGUUUAGCAGAAUUCCUAUAGAAGAUUUUUAUUAUCAUAAAAAGCAAUUCAAUCCUGAUAACGUUCAAUUAUCUAAACGUAUAAUUAUGUUACCACGCGUUGGUCGUCGUUCAAUUCGAUCAACAUAA